GUUUUGGACUGGCCGAUGUUGAGCAGAACGUGCCAGCCACCCCAGACACAAAGUACAGGAUUGCCAGUAUCAGCAAAUGUUUCACUUCCCUCCUUACCGCUAGACUCCUGGAACAGGGCAAGUUGAAACUGGAGGAGAACAUACAGUCGUAUUUGCCCGACUUUGCCCCAAAAACGGUUGAUGGAAAGCCAGGUUUGAUCACCUUAAAGCACCUACUCAGCCACACAAGCGGCCUCCGUCACUACCAAAAAGUCAGUAAAGGUGACGUGCAAGGCGAGAAGGAGAAGAAGAAGAGAGUUGAAAAUAAUGACCCCUACGAUUCGGCGCAAGAAGCCUUGGAGAUGUUUCGUGAUGACGCGCUUUAUCACCUUCCCGGUGAAGACUACACCUACUCCACCCAUGGUUACACGCUCAUCUCAGCCAUUCUGGAGUCUUGUGUGGCCCGAACUUCGCCGCCCUUUGAUCGACCCCUUCCGAUCGGUGGCGCGAAGAAACUCGAUAAAGAGGAGGGUGACAAAAAUGCUAGCACGCCCCUGCCUGAACACGCCAAGAUGCAUUCCCUGCUGACCAGCCUUUUCGCCUUCCUGGGCCUCCGAAACACCCAGCUGGACUACCCCGAGACAAUCAUCCCACAUAGAACCAGGCAGUAUCGUCGUAACAAGAGCGGUCGUCUCACCCUAGCGCCGUGGGUGGACAACUCCUACAAGUGGGGUGGUGGUGGCAUCCUCUCCUCGGCGCCCGACCUGAUCCAGCUGGCAAACCACCUUGCCCUCAUCUACCUCGACGAGGCGUCUGCGGCUCCGAAGGUCGUCUCCCGCGAUAGCCUGGUAAAUCUGUUGUGGAACCCAGUGCCAGGCACUCUGCAGGGCGACUGGCUUGUCGGCGGU